AUGGCAGCCACUUUGGAAGACAGUAUGAAAUAUUCUUUGCAACUCCCAUCCCUCAGUGUCAUUCUCACACUCAUGAAUGAAGCUCUGUGUGUAAUGCAGUGGGCCAUCACCAGUAUCAUCGACCCGACCCCCUCUCAGGUGUUGAAGGAGAUCAUCUUGGUGGACGAUUUCAGCUCAGAUGGUGAACUAAAGGCAUAAUUGGAUAAGAAGAUUAAGCUUUACAACCAGAAGUAUCCAGGACUACUGAAAAUAAUGUGACAUACCAAAAGACAAGGUCUUGCUCAAGCACACAACACAGGCAGGGAAGCGGCCACGGCUGACGUGGUCGCCACCUUGGAUGCUCAUGUUGAAGUGGACGUUGGUUGGGCAGAGCCCAUCUUGGCUCGAAUUCAGGAAGACCGCACUGUGAUUGUGUCUUCUGUGUUUGAUAACAUUCGUUUUGACACCUUUGAACUGGAAAAUUACACAUUGGCAGCUGAUGGUUUUGACUGGAGACUAUGGGGCUGCUACGACCUACUGCCAGAGGCCUGGCUGGAUCUGCAUGAUGUCACUGCCCCACUGAAGAGUACUUCCAACCUGGGCAUCCUGGCUGCCAACAGGCUCUUCGUGGGGGAGACUGGGUCUCUGGAUGGUGGGAUACUCAUCUAUGGAGGAGAGAAUGUGGAACUCAGCCUGACGGUGUGGCAGUGUGGAGAGAAAAUCGAGAUCUUGCCCUGCUGCCGGGUUGCUCAUCUAGAGAGACACCACAAGCUCUAUGCCCUAGAUCUGAGUUCCGCCUUGAAGCUCAGUGCUCUGCGCGUGGCUGAAGUCUGGAUGGAUGAAUGCAAACACACGGUCUACUUGGCCUGGAACAUACCUCUCCAGAACUCUGGCAUCGAUUUGGGAGACAUUUCUUCCAGAAAGGCACUCCGGGAGAAACUGAAAUGUAAAAGUUUUGACUGGUAUCUGAAAAACGUUUAUCCAGUCCUGAAGCCAAUCCACAGCACUGUGGGCUAUGGAAGAAUGAAAAAUUCCUUGGAUGAAAGUGACUGCCUGGAUUAGGGACUUACUUCAGGCAACACCCGCAGGAUGUAUUACUGUCACAAACACAGUCCAGAGGAUGUCUGCUACCACCUAACUGGGGAUCUAGGAGGGGGCAUGACUGCAGGGACACGUGCUGAUGAUCGCUGCCUGACAGACCUCAGCAGUGGGGAGCAACCCACUCUAGAGUCGUGUCCCAAGGCAGCCAAAACUGGAUUGCACAUGUACUGGGAUUGUAAACCAGCGAGUCACCUGUUUUUUAAAAGAUAGGCAUAUUCAAAUAUCAUCUGAGAGGUUCAGAUUAGAUUCAGUGGUAUUUUAGAAAGAAUAAUU